AUGUUUCCUUUUUUGUUUCCUCAUUUCAUUCUUACCAUGUUUCUUUUUUCUAUCUUCAUUUUUUAUCUUUUUUUUUGUUCAGUUUUCUGGCUUCUUCUCUUUACUCUUUCUUUUCAAUUGUUAUUCUUCAUUUCUUUUUUUCUUCUUUAUAUCUUCUUUCUUUUCAAUUUCUUUCUUCAAACUUUUCAUGUUUUUUUCCACCUUUCAUCUUCUUUUUCUUGUUUUCUUCUUUUUUUACGGCAUUGCUUUUUAACUUUUUCUUUCUCUUUUAUUUCCACUUUUUUCAUUUUUCCUCCAUUCUUAUUUUUUGACUUGACUGCUUUUUCUUCUUCAUUCCCUUUUCCUUCUUUUACAUUCAAUUUUUCAUGUUCAUUCCCUUUUCAUUCUUUUACAUUCAAUUCUUCAUUUUCAUUCCUUUUUCCUGCUUUUACAUUCAAUUCUUCAUUUUCAUUCCUUUUUUCUGCUUUUACAUUCAAUUCUUCAUUUUCAUUCCCUUUUCCUUCAUUUACAUUCAAUUUUUUAUGUUCAUUCCCUUUUCCUUCUUUUACAUUCAAUUCUUAUUUUUCCUUCCUUUUUCAAUUUUUUACAUUCAAUUCUUCUUUUUCAUUCUUUUAUACAUUCUUAAUCUUCUUUUUAACUGUACCAUUUUUCAUUAUUCUGUUUCUCCUUUAA